UUUCACCCUGUGAGGCAGUAACGGUCACCAACGUCUAUGCGCAGGCGCAGUGGUACUUCACACAACCGCAAUAAGCAAACAUGGCGGCGGCCGUCGACAGUGUUGUGAAAGUGCUGGGAGAGCAGUACUAUAGAGAUGCUAUGGAGCAGUGUCAUAGUUACAACGCUCGCUUAUGUGCUGAGCGCAGCAUCCUCAUGCCUUUCUUGGACUCUCAGACUGGUGUAGCCCAGUCUAACUGUUACAUCUGGAUGGAGAAGAGACACCGGAGUGCAGGUGUAGCUCCAGGGCAGCUGUACACUUACCCAGCCCGUCGCUGGAGGAAGAAACGCCGUUCCCACCCCCCUGAGGACCCCCGCUUGGCCUUCCCCCCUCUCAAAGCAGCAGAUUUGGAGCUGGGUCUGAAGCGUGAUGCUUUGGGGACUGUGGAUGGCAGCAGUCUGGAGGCCCUGCUGAAAGGGGAGCCCCUCGACAGGAGGAGCGGAGUGUCGGACCUCCGCGGCCCUGAAGAUGACUCCGUAACUGUGGAGCCUCCUGCCACCUCAGCGGCCACUCACACGUCCUCUGGGCGUGUCCGCAAGCGAGUCCUUGACCACGACGACUACUUGGACGACCUGGAUGAUGACGACUUUGAGGACGAGACCCCCAAGAGACGAGGCAAGAGCAAGUCCAAGGGUCGCAGUGACAAGAAUGGCAAGAAAAAACAGGAGGCUGCAGCUGCAGCGCUGGAGGAGAGGGACAAACCUUAUGCCUGCGACAUCUGUGGGAAGCGCUACAAGAACCGUCCUGGCCUGAGCUACCACUAUACACACUCUCACCUGGCGGAGGAGGAGGGCGAGGACCGCGAGGAGAUCGAGGCACCACCCACUCCUCGCCAGCCUGAGGAGCAGAAGACAACUAAGAAGGGUCCCAAUGGGCUGGCGCUGCCCAACGAUUACUGUGACUUCUGUCUUGGAGACUCCACUUUAAACCAGAAGACUGGCCAAUCAGAAGAGCUAGUGUCCUGCUCAGACUGUGGACGCUCAGGCCAUCCAACAUGCCUGCAGUUCACACCAGUGAUGAUGGCUGCAGUGAAGACCUACCGCUGGCAGUGCAUCGAGUGCAAGUGCUGCAACGUUUGCGGCACCUCAGAGAAUGACGACCAGCUGCUGUUCUGUGAUGACUGUGACCGAGGCUAUCACAUGUACUGUCUAAGUCCCCCCAUGACUGAACCACCAGAGGGGAGCUGGAGCUGCCACCUGUGCCUGGCUCUGCUGAAGGAUAAAGCCUCCAUAUACCAGCAGAACCAGAGCUCCGCCCCCGAGUGACAUCAUAUCAACAAGUCCCGCCCCAUCAGUAACGGGACCCACCCCCGAUGGAAACGUCAGACCUCCUCUCAGUCCGGAGCUCCAGGCUCUGUCCAGAUGUAGCAGGGCCAGAUUGCAGAUCAGCUUUAGAAGUCUUAAUAUCUACAGUGUCAGUGGGGGGGAUCAGUCAACAUGGGGAUCAAUCUAUCACUACUAACCUGCCUGCAAAGCCCCCGAGGCUUGCCAACACCUACAUAUUGUGCUUAUAGUAUAGACACACACACUCUCCCAGACUGUUACACACACUAGAUACUGAGACAGAGAGCGUGCAGUAACCAUAGUAACUGCUCUCUCCAUGGGAGCUCCCAGGAGCAAACGGGUUAGCAUCACAGCUAAUUAUCUGCACCCUUUCACACUCACAGACACAGUGUGGACUGUUGGGACAACACAGUUUUUCUUUCUGCCAAAUUAUCUAUUUUUACUCCCUGAAUGUGGGGAAAAAGGAAAAAAAAAUCACCAUGUAUAUGGUCGAGGAAUAUUAUUAUUAUUAUUAUUAUUAUUAUUAUUAUUAUUACUAUUGUUAUUGUUCUGGUUACUAGUGGACUUUUGUAGUGGCAUUUGUCUGUGUACUUUUGUCUGACCCAUCGGAGCGUUAUUUUUUGAAAAGGUUUCCCUGAGGGGAGCUAGUCAGUGCCAAGGUCCACCAUCAUCAAAUACGCGCAACAAUGACCCAUGGAGCUUAUCAUAAUUAUUUCAACCAUCUUUGUUUCAUUUAAAAUCAGAAGGACGACAAAAAACUGUCUUUGACUCAUUAAGCUGUUAGCACAAAAUCUUUGACCUUGCUACUUUAGGGUUGCACCAAAACCAACUUUUCAUCUCUGAUUCUGUUACCGGUUUGAUCAGUUUUAUCAAACACUAAAAACAGAGCAUAUACUGUAAAGGUAUGUGUCCACUGGCACAGUGGGCAGUAAGGAGAAACUGAUAACUGCCAGUGGGAAGCCCAUCGAGCUUCCAAUGUUGGGAAGUGGGGCGAUGCCUAUGUGGACACGUACCAUAAGUGGGACUCAUGAGACAAAACAUUUAGUAUAAUGCCUUUCUUCGAUAUUAAUUCUCCGUUAGACAGAGCUAACAUUCUCUUAUUCUGAAAAGACAGACUUGAUAAGUCAGAUAAUGCUGUUCUUAUCAGGGGAAACUGACCAAUACAUGGAACUAGUAACUAGUAUUCUCCUCAAAGACGUUUGUGCUAGCUUUUUAGAAACACGGUAUUUUUAAACUGCUGCUGUCAAACCGAUGACACAGAAUCAUUUACAAACUGUAGCUGCUUUUAUCAUUUGUCACACAGAGGCAGAUUUGCAUGCAGAUUGCACCUGUAUAAAUGCAGACACUCACACCACAAGUGUUUUUGAUUUUUUGUUUUGUAUUGUUUUUUUGUUUUUUACAUUUUAUAUUACCUGAUAUUCCAUUGGUACUGGGAGUUUUUCUAGUAGAAUUUUGUAAAGUCUAUGGUAUAGCAAACACUUCAAGUAUAUAGCUCCUAAUGCAUUCUAUGUACUGUAUUGACUUUUUCUAUUUUUGUUAUGACUGUGACAUGUUUGAAUUUAUUUGAUUAUUCUGAUAUGUCAGACCUCCAUUAUGAGUAUUUGUAAAAUUAUGUACUUUGUUGUACUAUUUUUAUUUUUACAUUGCUUUGGUAUCAAAACCGAUUUAGCCUGACAAUAAAAAUAUCUUUGAAUUAUG